GGUAACAGACAGAGUUUUCCUGUCUGCUUUGUAUUCUUCACUAAGAGGGCAAGGUGAACACGGCUUCAUUCGCAUUUGUGCAACAAAACGUGGACGUAUGACAAUUAUUAAAGAUUUGGUGCUGACACGUCCACUCAAGCGAAAAGUUCUGUUAACUUAGUGCACAUUGAACGAAGUUGAGUAAUUUUAUGAAAAGCUUGUGAUGUGCAAGAAGGAGAUGUGUCGUUUAGAAAUUACGGUAGCUGCGAGGUUUGUUGGUGUGUUUGGAUUGGUUAUUUCAGUGAUUGUAAUGUCACAACUUAUAUCAGAGCUCGCUCAUCAUGAUGGACGUGGCAAAAUCAUCGCACUGCUGGGAAUUAAUAUUGAAGAAUUUGACACUAAUGAAGAUAAUGCUACUGUUAUGAAACGCAAUGACAGUAAAAUUAUAAUGCUCAAUAACUCAGUAAUUGAGAACAACAGUACCAUUACUAAGGGAAUGGCUGAAUCCAAUUAUUUUCUAGUUAUAUGCUUCUUAUUUGCACUUGCACAAGUGCUGGCCAAUGCUCUGCUCAUCUGGGGCACCAUAGUGGAGAAGAGGUGUUACACUGUACCAUGGUUCUUAUGUGAGACAGGAAGCUUAUCGGUGCAAGUCCUGGGCUACGUGUAUUAUGUCAUACAUAAGCAGAAUGAGCUGGACGCAGGAGUUUUUACUGCAGCCAUUGUGAAUAUGGUGGUCACAAUCUACUUCUGGUAUAUUGUGUUCCGAGCUCAGGAGAGAUGGAACAGAGAAGGCUUAUGUGAAGAUAUUCCACAUGCUGUGGUGAUGACCAAAUCAACUGAAGUAUCCAAAUGCAUAGACAAGUUAUCUGAUUCUCCACAGCUACCAAUAGUAAUUGUAACCAGUGAACCAGCACUCAUCAUCUAAUUUUACGUAUAAAAAUUCAACAAGAUUAUUCAUUUCGGAUUCCGGAACACUUGAAAGCAGUAUUGAAUGUUGCAGUGAAAUGUUUAAUAUUUUGCUUCAUUCCAUUAAUCCUGUAAAAAGUACUGAAUGGACACUAUAUAAUAUCCUA